AUGGGCGCCUGUCGAGCAAGCAGAAAGGAGGCUGUCAGAUGCGCCCAUGCCGGCAGGACGGCCGCCAGCGAGCGUUCAGAGAGGACAGACCGGCGCAGGUGUCGCAGCCAGGACGAGGACGCAGCCGAAGCUGACGCAGACGCAGACGAGGACGAGGAAUAUGAGGCCCCCGAGAAGACUGCGGCCAGGACGGCUCCCAGCACAAGCAGGACGAGCACUAUUCUGGCCUGGCGCCGGCUGGAAAACAUGGAGGCGACGAUGAUGCUGAUGGAGCGGCUGGAUGGGUAG